CAAUCUGCAGUUUGAGACUGUUUGGAUUCGUGGGUUGGAUUGCAUGCUGCACGCUGCCAUUUCGCUUCCGUCAGAUGCAGUUCGCGCGCGCACGCGUAGAGCGAAACCACGGCAGCUACGGACAGAGAGAGACAGAGCGAGACAGUAGCACAGUGGCGCAAUUUGUGAAGGGAGAAUUGUGUCUGGCUAUGUCUCCGAGAGCGCUGUUGAAGCUGCACGCUGGUAGCCUCUGGUCGCCGGCGUCGAGAGCUCCAGCGCAAUGUGGUGGUCGCCAGCCUCGUGUCUGCAUCUCUACCCGAUUCCGAAGCCGAAUGCGGUCACCCAGUGCUGGUCGGAGCGACGACGGCGUUGCAAUCCAAAGGAUUCGGCCGGACGCAACCCACUUGCGGAGCAGGUGCUCGACGCUUGAUUUCUCCGGACGCGUGAGCGCCACGAGUGCCGUAGCUGUUUCCGAUGUGGAAGACGCGGUAGACCUAAGCGAGUUCGUCUUUACUGGGGGGAAAGUAACCUCAGUUGCUCACGGGGUGUGGAGGAAGGUUGUAAGAUCAGGUGACACAGUAGUAGAUGCUACAUGUGGGAACGGGCACGACACACUAGCGUUGGUAAAGAUGGUGUGUGCAGACAAUGCUUUGGGUUACGUUUAUGCUUUCGAUGUUCAAGAAGAUGCCUUGGCGAACUCUUCUUACCUUCUUGACCAGCGUCUUGACUCAGUGCAGAGAAAGCGCGUUAAGCUUCUGCGAUUAUGCCACAGUCAGCUCGAAAACAUCGUAGGCGAGACUCCAAUAAGACUUGUAACCUUUAAUCUUGGUUACCUUCCUGGUGGCGAUCACAAUGUGGUAACAAAUGUCGACACUACAAUACAAGCGCUUCAGUCCUCAAGCAACGUAUUACAAUCCGGAGGGCUUAUUAGUGUUGUUGCAUAUGUUGGACAUCCUGGCGGACGGGAGGAGUAUGACGCUGUUAUGGAUUUUGGUUCAAAACUGCCGAAGAAUACGUGGGUAUGCAGUCAGCAUGAGUGGGUUAAUCGCCCCCUUAGCCCACGACUUAUCCUCAUGUUCAAGAGAUAAAUAUAACCACUCUCUAUUGUACAAGCUUGAGUCAGCUGCUUGAUUGCUGGAAGCCGCCGCCCGAAAGUUAUGACCAGUAAUCGAAGUUCCAAGCGUUACUGAUGGUAUUAGCACUCGAUGGAGCUCAAUAACUUGAAUUGGAAUUGAGUUGCUGCACAAUCUUUUGUAGCUUGUCUAGGCAUUUCCAUUGCACGAGCUUUGGAAUGGUGAGCAUGUAUAGGAACUUUUUUAGCACCGAGUGCGUUGGGGUGGUUCCGCGAGACUGCUCUAGAAACUAGGAGAUUCAUGUUUUUUACAACUACGGUUUAAUUUCUUCCAAGGAGGUUUGCGGUCACAUAUUUUUAACAGUUGUACCAAUUCAACUGUUGCUGAGCAGAAAAUCACUGAUAAAGAUGUUCAAGGUUGGUUUUUCUGUUGGUUUUUUUCAA